AUGUUAUUUGGCGAUGCUUCUUCCUGGUCCAAGCUUGGACUAUUAGUGGUCACAUUGGCACUAGCGUUAUAUAUUACCGGCUAUGCAACCGGCUCAUGGAUGGUGGAAAGGACAAUUCGAGAAAAUGUUGACGUAAAUGUUGGAUUAUGGAAAAUGACCAACUGUUCCGUUAGCUGUUACGAGAGUGAUGUUCCUGACGUUUACGCCACAAGUAACCACAAUGCGGUGAAAAUAAUGGCAUCCAUUAUUAUAGGAAUUAUGGCUAUCAUAUUCCCCUUGUACAUAAUGUACGUGGCCACAGUGAGUGUCCGAAAGAGAGGCGUUGCCAUGACAAUAAUAGUAUUAUGUUUUACUGGAGCUGUAUUAUCCUUCAUCAUGAUGAUCAUAUGGUUUACCCAGUUGCCCAGCAACUUCUUCGUCUCCUGGUCCUUUGGAUUGGUGGUUUUUGCAGGAUUGCUCCUCCUCACCGUCGCAGGAUUCCUGCUUAUGCAUGAUAUGAAACACUACAAAUCCAAAGACAUUGAGCCAGACAAAAAGAAUAGAGUCACUCCUCCACCAGUUCCUGUCCGAGUAAUGGACACCCCUUCUGUACCCCCUUUUACGCCAGACUGGGACAGACGAACAGUGACCCCAACCCUACCUCCAAGACGAUCUCGUUCGCCGGUACGUACGGUAGUGUCUCCAUCAGCUGUUCGGGUGACAUCAAGAUCUGUCAUGUCUAUUAACACAUCUGUGUCAUCGACAAGACGAUAUGGAACACCUAAGUAUGCUUCUCGAUACGACAGCAGGGCAAGAUGA